AUAAAGAAUUAGAAAAUGUAAAACGUGAUAAUGAGGCUUUAAAAAAAGUUAAAGAUCUAUACAAAAAAAUACGUAGAUAAAAAUGCUGAAUUUGAAUCACUUCAAAAGUUAAAUCAUGAAUUUCAACUGACAAUGAUUGAAAAAAUGAAAGAAAGAGAUGAAAUGUUUCAAAAACUUGUCGAGAAACAAAAAACAAUUCCAUUGGGGUGUGACUUUCCAAGUAUUGGAAAGUCACACCCCUAUAGUGCCUUUAGAACCACUGAUAAUAUAAGAAGAUAUCACAUUGGUCGAGAUAUCUGGGUUUCUGAAAAUGAAUAUACGGGUAUGUUGAACGAUGCUAAAUCACCAAGCCAAUUAGCUGGCCAUAUUGUCACAUUAGUGUUUACGAUGCAAGAACUUUUAACAAGUACAAAAACAGGAUACAAAAGUCGAAAAAACGGACCAGGCAAAAUUGAGUGUGGAAAAUUAGAUGAAGUUAAAUUAAAUGCAUGUGAAGAAUACUACAAAUAUUGGUUGCAAAAUAUUUACAUACCAGUAACUAAAAAAGAUGCAGUAAACGUAACGUCUGACUUGAACAAAUUUAACCACUAUUGUGGAAAAAUGAUAGCAGACCUUAAAAAGCCACCUGCUUCUACUAAGAAAGCGACCAAAAAAAAAGAUGAAAAACAGCAUAAUGUCACAGUUAAUGACGAAAGUAUUGUAGAACAAAAUGAACAGAAUGGAAAAGAGAUGAAUGAAAACAGAGAAGAAUACGAAAAGGAAAAUGAAACUCAGGAGACGUCUGAAGAAAAAUCUGAAGACUGUCAGCAUAACAAAGCUGACGGAGAAAAUCAAAGCGAAUCUGAAGAAGAUGAAAUCGAGGGAAUGCCUAAAGGAAAUAUUGAAGAUUUUUAUAAUAAUUAUGAGAAUCACGAUGAAACGCGCCUUAUUAGUAAUAAAUCUGGAUCAGAAUAUAGUACUGAUACUGAAGAAAAUGAAAAUGACUUACCUGCAGACCCUCUUUUUAUUGAUGUAAAUGAAAAUGAUACUUCGAACAAAAAUUUGUAUGAUUGGUCACCUGCAUGCUCAUCAAGUAAGAGUGAUUGUGAUUAGUAAAAAUUA